AUGAACCCCGAGGAGAAGGUUGUCGCCCUCUACGGCAUGAAAUUGCGAUUGGAGACUGCGGAUGCGCAGAACGCAUUGGCCUGGGCCACUGCAAACCCGGGCCAGUCCGGUCACCACCACCCCAUCCCGUCCCUGGGCUCGCCGCGCUCCGUGACCGCCCCGGCCACGGAGCCGGCCGCGUGCCCCCGGAGUGUCCAGGCCACCAAGCAGACGGCAGUGGUGAUCACUGCCACUUAUAGCGUCCAGUUCAAUAAUUACGACGACAAGUGCAGCUACAAGACCACCAAGUACCAAGACCUCGACGCCUCUUUGGAGCCCGCGGCGCGGCGGAGCGCCCCCGACGAGCCCCGCCGCCGCGCCGGGCGGCGGCGCCGCAUCGGCAACUCGGCGCCGCCGCCUCCCCUCGCGAGAGAGCUGUACAACGGGGCGGCCCUGCACCCGCUGACCACAGGCGGUGCGUCGAGGCGGGCGCGCGGGGCGCGAGACGGGCGCCCUCUACGGCGGCGCGGGCCUCCUCGCGAAGCGCGCUGCCUUCGGCAGGGGCGCAAUGACGGGGCUGGCACGCGCAGUCGAUCGAGGGAUCGUGCAGCAUCCAAGCGGGCAUGGCAGCGCGGGGCUGCACGAGAAGCGAGGCGCGCGAACCUGCACCGCGUGCGCACCGAUCUUUGGACUGGCCAAAAUCGUUGUGCGUGGGGAUGGUCGGCGGCCGCUCAGAUGCUGCCUGCGCCCCGCUACUCGCACCCCAUCUGCUCGUUCUGGCAGCACCACACCUGGCACCUUCUUGUCGGCCGACCAUCCAGCUCGCCAGUUGGAGUACCCCGCCUGGCAGUCGAAGGGCUUCGACGUCGUCUCCGCACAGCCCACUCCCUUGUUGGGGCAGCACCACCGGCCUUCUUGUCGUCCGACCACCCAGCCUUCCAAUUGCCAAACCCAGCGGCACAAUCGUACGGCUCGGACGUCGAGGCGGCCGGGCCGGGCACCAACACCUUCGGGGGGCGCACGACGUCGUGCAACCCAUCUGCUUGUUCUCGCAACACCACACUUUCUUCGGUACGGACCAGCCCGCCUCCCAAUUCGAGUAGCCCGCGGCGCAGUCAUACGGUUCCGAAACCGGCUGGGGUGGGGGUGGAGGCGGCGGAGGCGGCGCCACGGGCGCCGGAGGUGGCGGGGGAGGCGCCACCGGCGUACGGGGUGGCGGGGGCGGCGGCGGCGGUGGGGGCGGCGGGGGCGGCGGUGGGGGCGGCGGCGGGGGCGGCGGCGGCGUCGUGGGGCAGCCCCUCCCAGCUUGCAAGCAGCAUGAUAACCUUCUUCGGGACAUCCCAUGACUGCGGGUCGCCCUCAGCGCAGUCGACCUUCUUCUGA